UUAAUGAGGUGAGUGAAGUAUAAAAACAGCCCAUGAAACAGGUUUGUCAUGAAUUCUGUAUAAGUGGAAAACGCAGUUGGCCGCCAGGGGGCGGUAAUGCCAGUGUCAUUACGACAUAGCACAAAUGAGUGGUCCUUCAGCUCCAGAAGCAAAAGUGAAAGCAAGAUCUUUAUCAACAAAUAACAUCUGAAGCUCGUACAGCAAAUGUCGUUAUUUUAGCUUAUUUAGGAAUAUUUCCAUUUUAAUAUUUGUUUUUUUUUGUCACUAAAGAAUAUGGCGACAGCAGGCCAGAAUGGUAAUGAUCAGACAAUGGUUGAAACCACAUUUGGACAUGAUGUGGGCAUAGAGAGAAUACUUCAAGAACAAAUACCAGGUCUGCAGAAGGUGCAGAAGGUGGAGGAGAGUGAUUUCAUUCUGGUUUUCUGUCCUGUUGUUUCACAAGCUGGAACUGACAUUGAAGAAGCAGUGAAGAAUCUUAAUACCCUAGCAGGUAACAAACCUGCAGUUCUGGUGGUGCUUCAUCACACGUUUGAUCCUGAGUGUGUUGUACCAGACAGCAGCAGAGCUGUAAAGAGAGACGAUACGAUCACAGUCGACUGUCUGUUCCAUGAAGAUCAGGGAUUGCUGGAAUGUCCUCAAAAUGAUAAAGCACUGUCCCAAGUUAUAAACUGGUAUCAUCCUGAGGCAAUUUCGGAAAGAACACCAAGUAGAAGUCCAAAUCAGGACCAUACAGUUAACCAGAUGUUGAAUCAUGCUCUUCUAAAAUACUUCACCCUGGUGGUUGAAAACACAUUAGGACAUGAUGGCAUUUUGAACAAGCCACCAAGAAAACAUCCAACUCAAGACCAUACUGCUAACCAGAUGUUGAAGCAACCUGUUCUCAAACACUUCACUCUAAUAACUGGAAACACAUUAGGACAUGAUGUGGGCAUAGAGAGGAAACUUCAGGAAGUAAUACCAGGUCUGCAGAAGGUGCGGAAUUUGGAGGAGAGUGAUUUCAUUCUGAUUUUCUGCCCUAUUGUUUCACGAGCUGGAAUUGACAUUGAAGCAGCAGUGAAGAUGCUUAAUACCCUACCAGGUAACAAGCCUGCAGUUCUGGUGGCGCUUCAUCACACGUUUGAUCCGGAGUGUGUUGUACCAGACAGCAGCAGAGCUGUAAAGAGAGACGAUACGAUCACAGUCGACUGUCUGUUCCAUGAACAUCAGGGAUUACUGCAAUGCAGAAAGAAUAAUGAGGGCUUUAACUCUGUUUCAGAGUGGAUUAAGACUCAGGUUGAUAAAAAAACUGAAAAGAAUGAAAACAUUGACAGAUCCACUCAAGACCAUACGACUAAAAAGAUGUUGAAGCAACCUGUUCUCAAACACUUCACUCUAAUAACUGGAAAGACAUUAGGACAUGAAAUGGGCAUAGAGAGGAAACUUCAGGAAGUAAUACCAGGUCUGCAGAAGGUGCAGAAGGUGGAGGAGAGUGAUUUCAUUCUGGUUUUCUGCCCUAUUGUUUCACGAGCUGGAAUUGACAUUGAAGCAGCAGUGAUGACUCUUAAUACCCUAUCAGGUAACAAACCUGCAGUUCUGGUGGUGCUUCAUCACACGUUUGAUCCGGAGUGUGUUGUACCAGACAGCAGCAGAGCUGUAAAGAGAGAGAAUACGAUCACAGUCAACUGUCUGUUCCAUGAAGAUCAGGGAUUACUGCAAUGCAGAAAGAAUAAUGAGGGCUUUAACUCCGUUUCAGAGUGGAUUGCUCAGGUAUUUCCAAAGACAAAGAAAGGAAUUAUGUCUAAUGUUGAUAAAAAAACUGAAAUGAAUAAACAAUCGGACAGAUCCAAAAGACAAGUCUCCAGUUGGAUGGAUUGGUUCAACCAACCUGACAAUCAAGACCAUACAGCUAAAAAGAUGUUGAAGCAACCUGUUCUCAAACACUUCACUCUAAUAACUGGAAAGACAUUUGGACAUGAAGUGGGCAUAGAGAGGAAACUUCAGGAAGUAAUACCAGGUCUGCGGAAGGUGCAGAAGGUGGAGGAGAGUGAUUUCAUUCUGGUUUUCUGCCCUAUUGUUUCUCAAGCUGGAACUGACAUUGAAGCAGCAGUGAUGACUCUUAAUACCCUACCAGGUAACAAACCUGCAGUUCUGGUGGUGCUUCAUCACACGUUUGAUCCGGAGUGUGUUGUACCAGACAGCAGCAGAGCUGUAAAGAGAGAGAAUACGAUCGCAGUCGACUGUCUGUUCCAUGAAGAUCAGGGAUUACUGCAAUGCAGAAAGAAUAAUGAGGGCUUUAACUCCGUUUCAGAGUGGAUUGCUCAGGUAUUUCCAAAGACAAAGAAAGGAAUUAUGUCUAAUGUUGAUAAAAAAACUGAAAUGAAUAAACAAUCGGACAGAUCCAAUAGUUGGAUGGAUUGGUUCAACCAACCUGACACUCAAGACCAUACAGCUAAAAAGAUGUUGAAGCAACCUGUUCUCAAACACUUCACUCUAAUAACUGGAAGGACAUUAGGACAUGAUGUGAGCAUAGAGAGGAAACUUCAGGAAGUAAUACCAGGUCUGCGGAAGGUGCAGAAGGUGGAGGAGAGUGAUUUCAUUCUGGUUUUCUGCCCUAUUGUUUCACGAGCUGGAACUGACAUUGAAGCAGCAGUGAUGACUCUUAAUACCCUACCAGGUAACAAACCUGCAGUUCUGGUGGUGCUUCAUUACACGUUUGAUCCGGAGUGUGUUGUACCAGACAGCAGCAGAGCUGUAAAGAGAGACGAUACGAUCACAGUCGACUGUCUGUUCCAUGAAGAUCAGGGAUUACUGCGAUGCAGAAAGAAUAAUGAGGGCUUUAACUCCGUUUCAGAGUGGAUUGCUCAGGUAUUUCCAAAGACAAAGAAAGGAAUUAUGUCUAAUGUAGUUGAUAAAAAAACUGAAAAGAAAGAAAUCUUUGACAGACUCAAAAAAAGAAAAUAUGAUGAUGAAUCCACAGAAGGACAUGUCCUGCCUGGACCAUCUCCCCGACCCUGAAGGAUCUCUGACGAGCGCUCUCCUACACACAGAUUUAGUGAAUCAGCGGUGCAAUAAGAAAAUAUUUAGAAACAAAUGUAUUACGUUUCAAGCUUGAUUUAAUGAUGUGAAAUUAUGUAAAACGCUUACUGCCUGCAUUAUGACUUAAUGUUCUGAAUACUGCUCAGUAAUUAUUAUUUUCUCCAUACCGCGCAUUUAUCUGUGGCUCUCUCUCUUCUUCCUACAACUAUCUUCAAUCUUGUUUAUGAUCCGUGGACACUGUAAUGGACUUUAAGAUAAAAUACAAUGAAAUAAGGAAUAAUUACAAUAAGCAGUAUAUCAUGAUUUAAUAAUAUUAUAUGCAUUAUGGCUUAAUAUUAAAUAUAUAAGGAAUAAAACCCUGUAGCUCUGUGUUGCUAUAUUAAUGACAGGCGGUCUGUUGCAGCCUCA